CUCUUGUACAUACAAGGAAGAGGAAGAAGAAGGAAAAUGAGGGAGAUGUAAGAUCUUUUCAAGUGAAAGAAGCAGCUCUCUUGAGAUCUGCCCUUCCCACUUAGCUUCCAGACACUUAUCUUUUACUUUCUCUCUUUCUGAAGGAUCUAAACAAGGAACGAUAAGGAGAUGGGUAGGAAAGGGAAAUGGUUUUCAAGUGUGAAAAACGCUCUUCGCCCAGAGUCCAAGAAGAAGGAAGAGGAGAAAUUGAAGAAGAAAUGGUUUGGGCAGCAAGAAGAUUCGAAUUCCAAUUCAGUGUCUCCAGAUAUUGUCAUGGGACCUCCACCGCCGCUGCCGCCAUCCCCACCACCUGAAGAUGUGAGAUUAGUUGAGGUGGAUGAUGGAGAAAGCAAAUAUGCUUACUCUGCAGAGGUUGCCACUGCUGCUGUUUCAAAGGUUGCUGCUGCUGCUACUUCCCAGUCUGCUGUGAAGGUUGAUCAAGGUACCGUACUUCCAACAAUACCUCCUCAUUUUGUUGGAAAAACAAAGAAGGAAGUGGCAGCCAUCAGAAUUCAAACGGCAUUUCGAGGAUACUUGGCAAAAAGAGCACUGCGGGCUUUAAGAGGACUGAUCAGACUUAAAUCAUUGAUGGAAGGGUCUGUUGUUAAACGGCAAGCAGCAACAACCCUCAGAUGCAUGCAGACUCUAUCUCGGGUGCAAUCCCAGAUUCAGUCAAGGAGGAUCAGGAUGUCAGAAGAGAAUCAGGCUCUGCAGAGGCAACUCCUACAGAAACAUGCGAAAGAGCUUGUGAACCUCCGGAUUGGGGAGGAAUGGGAUGACAGCACGCAGUCGAAGGAACAAAUUGAAGCAAACCUACUUAGCAAGCAUGAAGCAUCAAUGAGAAGAGAAAGGUCACUGGCUUACUCGUUCUCUCAUCAGAAAACCUGGAAGAAUUCCUCAAAAUGUGUAAACCCAAUGUUCAUGGAUCCUACCAAUCCCAGCUGGGGUUGGAGCUGGUUAGAAAGAUGGAUGGCAGCCAGGCCUUGGGAAACUCGAAGCGCAAUAGAUAAAGAGCUCAACAAUGAUCAAGUAUCCAUGAAGAGUACCAAUCGCAGCAUCGUUGGAGGAGAAAUCAGCAAAUCUUAUCUUCGGCAUCAAUUGAACUCUGACAAACAAUCCCCAACUGCCAGUUACAAGCCAAGCCCAAAGGCAAAUCUUCAAUCACCUUCUACUCCUUCCAAGCCGGGUUCUUCCACAGUUACCAGAAAGUUAAAGCUAGCAAGUCCAAGGGAGAGUCUGGGUCCAGAUGAUGACUCUAAAAGCAUGAUAAGUGUCCAGUCAGACAGGUUUCGGAGGCACAGCAUUGCAGGGUCAUCUGUGCGAGAUGAUGAGAGCCUGGUAAGCUCCCCAGCAGUCCCAAGCUACAUGGUGCCAACUGAGUCUGCUAGAGCGAAGACCAAGUUACAAACCCCACUAGGAAUAGAUAAAAUUGGAACUCCAGAAAAAGGAUCAGUCGGGUCUGCAAAGAAACGUCUUUCUUAUCCACCUUCUCCUGCCAGACCAAGACGGCAUUCAGGUCAUCCGAAGGUGGAAGGCAGAGUAAAUGCAGAAAUAGUCGUGACAAAUGGAGGUGGCAGUUGAGUUCAUUUUCAUAGAAAAGGAAUGUGGAAGGAAAGCAAGUGCAGUUUGUAAAGCAAAGAUGAAAAAAGAAGAUGAAUACAACCAUUUGGUUUAUGAAUGAUGUACCAAACCGCUAUUGUUGAAAAGUUUUCUAUUCACGGUGCAGAACUGGUUGAAGUUGAUAUAUUGUUAUUUGUUCUA